UGUAGACGGAGUACGGACCAAGCCAAGACGUUAUGUAGAACACGGUGAACUUAAGGGAGUUUGUACGUGAAAGGAGAAUGUCAAACUACACGGGCCGGAGGAGAGCUUGGUGAACGGGAACCGGAGUUAAGAGUGAAGAAAAUGAAGGAUCAGUAGCCGUGCCACGUGUUGCAGACAUUUGGAAGUGAGUGCUUUGGCAAGGGUAUUUUUAGGGAGCAGACGGUGCGGCACGGAGAAGCCGAGGAAUCGGAAGGCCAAAAAACACAGAAUUAGUUCCAGUUCGAGAGGAGUGUGACGGGGCAAUACUCUCCGACUAAAGUGCCUUGGACAGGGAAUCUACGUCUAACUAUAAGCGCGCAGAAAACGAAUAAAAGUGCUGGAAAAAAUACUCAAGCAGACAGAGGUAGAUAUAUGCAAAUGAUUUGCCGAAAAGAAUGGAAACGGAGAAGAAAAAAUGAAAGUAGAGCAAUUUCAAGGCAGAUCAAACUAGAUGAAAAUCCGGUGCUGUUAACGGUCCUUCUUUUCUCUCUCUAGAAAGGGGAAAGUUAUGGCAAGGCCGCGGCACAUCCGAGGGAAGUAAGACGAAGAAGAAGGGAACAGUGAAAGCAGAAUUGUCCUUCGAGAAGAGCAGAAAAAGAGAGAGAGAAAAAAAAGCAAGUAGAAUAAUAAAAUAAGAAAUAAGAGGGGAAAAACGGAGAUAAGAGAAGAAAAGAGGAGAAGAGGACCGAGGAACAGAUAAAAGAGGAAGUGAGGGAAGUUUUCAGAUUGUGACUCUCUUCCCCUUUCGUUCUCUUCGCUUUCCAUCUUCAUUAUCUGCCUUUCGCUUUCUCUCCAGUUAUCAAGCCCUUUCUUAGUGGCCCUCCCUCUCUAUUCCUCUCCUAUAUUAUUACCUCCCCCUGAAUCCUCCUUCUUUGGCUUAGCUCCGCACUCCAUCCUCCUCCUCCUCCUCAUCCUCUUUUUCUUCCUCCUUCUCCUACUCCUCUUUUUUUUCUUCUUCCUCCUCCCUCUCCUACUCCUUCUCCUCCUCUUUUUCCUCCCCCUCCUCCUCCUCCUCCUCCCCUCCUCUUCCCCCACCCCCUCCUCCCCUCCCCUCCUCCUCUACCUCCUCCUCCUCCUCCUCUUCUUCUUCCUUUGAGGCGAAGAAUCUCUUGACAGGUCCCCUUGACUCGCCUUCCUCUCACCGAGUGCGCGGCGACGCUGCGGAGGAGAGGUGACUGCCGCCCACUUCCGCGGCAGCCGCCCCUGACCUCGCCCGUGCGGCAACUCACGCUCGCUCUCCUCGCCCGCCGCAGGUCCUGCCGGGAGGCGGCGCUGAAAUGCUCAAAUGGCUGAGGCGAGGCCCGCCAGCCGCGCAGGGGGACGCUGAGGGCUUCGUCAUGGGCGAGCGGCCCGCCGACGCCUCUCUCCCGCAGGAGGAGGAGACAACGCCCAACGGAAGGCAGCGACACGAGGAUGAGGCCGCCCCACGGAGGGGGACCUCCAGCGAGGACGACCGGCAUGCAAGCCCGGAUGCCGCACACCAGGUGCUGGCGGCGCUGACGUCUGCCUUCGUCCACCUUGGGAUCGGCAGUGUCCUGGGCUUCUCCGGCGUGACCUUGCCCGAGCUGACUAACCCGGUGUCUCCUGACCUGUUCCUGAACACCUCCCAGGCUGCCCUCUUUAGCAGCGUGGUCAACCUGGGCGCGGCGGUCGGGUCGACGGCCGCGGGGGCGCCGCAGGUGUGGCUGGGCCAGAGGGUGAUGCUGCUCUUGACGCUGCCGGUGUCCCUGGCCGCCUGGCUGCUCAUGGCUGCUGCGCCCAAGGCCUGGAUGGUGAUUGCUGCUCGCGCCCUGCAGGGCCUCACGAUGGGCAUCCUGGCCGGGUCCUCCAACAACUACGUCGUGGAAUUGGCCCACACGAAAUUCCGAGGUCUUCUGAUGGCCAUGCUCGACGUGUCGCGCCAGCUCGGCUACCUGCUCGUGUAUGCCACGGGCAGCACCUCCCUCAGCUGGCGGCAGGUGGCGCGCGUGUGCGGCGUGGUGACGCACCUGCUGCCCCUGCUCGGCCUCCUCUGCCUUCCGAACUCCCCGCGCUGGCUGGCCGCGCAGGGGCGGCUCGGCGAGGCGCGGGUUGCCCUCAAGUUCUUCCGCGGCCGCCGCUACAAUUGCGACCAAGAAAUGGCGGACAUCGCCCAGACAAGGGAGGAAGGGCGGUGCAGCCCGAGAAGUCAGCUGCAGGAAAUGAAGGAACCCUGA